CGAGCGCGAUUCCUUGAUUCCUUCCUCAAAACAAAGGAAGAACGGAUCUUGCCUGAUCGCUGAAAACGCCACGGUCGUCAUCCGUGUCACAUCGUCAGCUCGCAGUCUGAAAAACAGAAUUUGUCGAACCAUAAUCCGAAAUCUAAAAACGGAAAAGCCCGCAUCGGGUCAAUCGUCGCGAAUCGAAUCACCGGGGGAUUCCGAAAUCGAGAACUAACCCCGCAGAUUAAAGUUCGACGUCUGUCGCAGUCGAUUCUCUCCUGCCGCUCUUAGCAUCGUCCUGAAGUUUGCCGCGUUCGAAAAAUCGUCAACCGGCGUUUAAGCCGCCCGCCUCGAGUCCCGGCGACAGUUGAGCGUCGGGUUCGGCCGAUCGCGGAGUGUUUCGCGUCUGUUCCUUUCCCUCGAUAAUCGUAUCGCGUUUCGGGGGAGUGUUUUUCUCUUGUUUAAACGUUAUUAUCGUAUCACAGUUUUCGUUGUUGUUGUUGUUAUAACAGUUUCUUCUUUCUUUUCCAUUUGAGACGUUGAUAAUUCGAACAAUCUUUGUAGUUCGUUCGUUCAGUGUUUUGUGGUUGUUUGGAAGGUUUUUUUCGCCGUGUUAUAAAUGCGUCAGAGGGGGGGAGGACGAGGAAGAACAAAGACAAUAUCCUCCCCGCUUGUGUUUGCUGUUUAUUUCCGACGACGAUGCAGAGAUCAUCGAGUAGUUUGCGUUGGUGCGGGUAACGUAGACGCUAAUUGAGGAAUUGACAUUUGUCUCUCGCGUCGAAUAGUUGCUCUCACUAAUUCUACCUGCACAUGAUACGUAUCUGACCGUCUGUUGCGUAACACAUACGAGAUCGGAUUCGUCCACGGUUGAUGGAAGUUACGAAACUGUGAUGAAUUAACGUCAUUUAUGACUAAUUCACAAGUUGCAGAAUCGAAACGCGUCGCGCGGCGUGUUAAUAUUGUGCGUGGCUAUGGUCUUUGCCAAAUCUACGCUUAAUGCGUUAAAAUUAUACGACGUGCGUGCUGUGAUGUUUGUAAUCAAAUGUGCAUUUUUCAAGUUUACAAAGUGAAAUUUUUGUUAUUAUUAUUCUUACUCGUCCUUGAGCAAUAACUCGCCUCGUAGUCAUGGCAUACGUACUUUGGAGAGUAUUCAUGAAAAAGUACACCAAGGUCCGAUUGGGAAUUAGGAAUCUACCGGUGAAUCCGGCCGAGCGUCAGGCCCCGGAAAAGGAGGAAACCUGGACCUUGGCGUCGGAGAAUCAUCACCAGGAGACGGUGGAUGAAAAGAAAGGGGCAUCGCACUCGGUGGUCACGCCCUGCGAUUACGAGCCUAAUCUACCGCGUAGCCACGAAACCCGAAAGAGCAAGACCAAAAGGGUGAAGAAUUAUUUGAGGAAAAAGUGCAAGGACGCUCUUUCCAAGUCAGAGGACGCGGCAGGAGCCGAGAAACGAAGGGACCAGAAGUGCACCUCUUGGUACGUCGACGAAAAAUGUAGCGAGGAGGAAUUCAUGCGCGAUCAUUUGGACUCUUCGUCUCUUGAUCGAACCGCCGAUCGCCGAGUCUGCGAAUCGGUUGAAAAAAUCCAAUCCAGAGGGAGCAGAUCUUCGCUCUACGAGGACGCUACCGACGUCUUAUUGGCCCAAGAUGAAAACGUCCUCGCCGUUCCUUCCCUGAAUUCUCAGGAAACAUCCCGUGGGUUGAAACCUCUUCCAGCCUCAUCUGCGGAGACUCUAGUUUCGGAUGGUGUUAACCUACAUUGUGUUCUCGACAAGUGCGAAUCCAGUGACACUUUAGUGCCUGAAUUAUUGUCAACGGAAACUACGAUCGUUGUCGCGAAGUAUUCUUCUAGUCGCAAGAGUAAUGACAGUUCUGCGAUUGAAUGUGGUGCCGAUUGUGAUGCGGCUACGUUUUGCGAGAGUCCCGAUGAAGACGUACCUCGAGAUCGAACCAACCGUAACAACGAAGCGGAAGUUGUUGCACCCUCUUCUCUCAGCAUCGGUGAACCCGUUCAGCAUCCGAUACUCGGGGGACGGUACGACGUCGCGACGUUGGUUAAAAAUCUCCUCGGACCAAUAUACGGUAACGGAGUCCUCGACCUACUGACCAGACAGGCGCGAGACAUCCUGGUAUGCGCUUAUCACGGGAAUCUUGAUGAAUUUUUAAAGUCCUUCUUAUCGCCGGCAGCCACGCUCCUCGCCGAGGUCAAGGAAGUAGCCAUGAAAAAUGGUAACGAGUCCGUGGUUCCGAAGGGGUGGCCCUUGACACUCGGCGAAAUCGGUCUGGUGAUCCACCUGGGUGAAUUGGAGGCUUCGGCGCUACGCGUCGGGGAAUGCUACCUCUGCGCGAGGAAACCACGGGGGAGGAGCACAGACCCUAGUUCGAAUCUCGUCCAGGAACCCGUCGAAAUAGCCCUGGUGUGGCGAUCGUCAAUGCGGGCCCCAGGGAUCCUCGGCUGGGACCGCGAGGACGAGUUCAUGGACUGGCGGGACUCGCACAAACGGAGAACGGGGGCCAGCGAGUCGGUCGCUCGGCCGCGUCGCCGGUCUCGCGAUGACCUGGCUCAGGGUGACGCUCCGAGCGACGUCGAGGUGGUGAGCAACGGGGCGAGAGGCGAGGAGCCGGUUCGUCGACGGCCAGACUCCGCCGACCGGAUCGAACGACAGCCAAAUUUGGCCCUGGCCAAAUCCAGGUCCACGUCGAGCGUCGACUCCUGGCAGGAGGAGGCGAAGACGGAGCGACGGCGACGUCCGGGCGACGGUGUCGAUGUCCCGAGGUCCGAAGGUGCCAGGAUCAAGCGGGGGACGAGCGUCUCGCCGAUGACCGUUGAGAACUGGAAGGAGAGCAACUCCAGGUGGGAACCGAAAACGCGAACGCUGGCUCCCCGUGACCUGAAAACACCCUUCGCCCUCGAGGCGGUCGUAGCCGAGUCUGAGAGGGAGAAGGACGCCAGUGAUCACCUGCAGGACCUUCGUCCCGACGCCGUCUCGGACGAGGAUCUUCCGGGGUACAUCGGCACCCUCUUGGUCAGCAUCGAACGCGCCAUAGAGAGGGUGUCUAUCGACGAUUUACCCUUUCCCUGUCCGUCCUGCAGACACGGUGACACCGACGAUCCUCUUCUCGGAUGCAAGUGCGGAUCGCAAUCCUGCGGCUGUUCCAACGAUUACUGUGAAUGCGCCACUAACCAGCCCGAGGAGUCUCACACCUUUGAAGUCGCUGGGAUUAAACACAUCGACAGCGACGAUGAGGAGGAAGUCCGGAUGGGAUUUGGCGCGAGGAAAAAAGGGCAAGACCUCACGCCACCGCGGAGUAUUCACGACCUGCCGGAUCACCUGCUUACCUGCGGUCUCACGUUACCAGGGUACAAAGACUGUGCCGACAGACCUGUCAUCGAAUACGACAGCACUGUGUCACCGACGGAGGCUAUUUCGCCGGUCGAAAUUGCCUGUUUUAUUCUCUACCUCGUUCACCUACCCAGUUCCGACCGAUCAGAUACCGAAUUCACGUUACUCGUGACUGGCCAGCCGUCCGAAGAAUUGGAUCUUCUCGACAACGCGUUUCACCUCCUGCAGCGUACAUUGAGAGUUUCUCAAGCCUUGGUGCUGCGAAAUUCAUGUGACGAGGCACCCGGCAGGCCGCUUUUACCCCGCAGUCAAAUCAAGGUUGUAUUCGUAGACGAGGAAACUAUUACCAAACACAUCUCAAACCGGCAUCAAAAAUCCGAUCAUCUUCAAUGGAUAUCAUUUUUCAAGGAAUACGACGCGGUGAUGUCGAAGUGGCAGGCUGCGGGUCGAAAGCUCGCCAUGGCCAUGUCGGAAUUAAAGGAGUGCGCGAUUAUUCCGCAGCCGUUGGUUCCGCUCAGUCGUCUGCUGACAGAUCCUACAGUAAAACGCACACCGGCUGAUGCCAAUGAGGUGAUCGCCCUCCUCGAGGAACGCUCCCAAAACAUUCGCCACGUCGAGCAAGUCAGGCUAUCCCUGGAUCGGGCUCGUCGACUGCUAACGGAAGUCAGUAAUGCAGCGACGAGGCUUGAAUCGUCCUGCGAAUCUCGACGAGCUAUGAUCAGGAAUUUAACCAUCCUCAGAAACAUCGAGGACCAGGCGCGCGAGGUUUUAUCCUGGCUCUGCAAAAAGGGCGAGGAAACACUUUCGAGACACUCCAGACCAUCGGCCACCAAUCUUCCGGCAGCCAAAAUCCACGAACGUGAUUUCGAAAAGUUUUACUUCACGUCGAUGAAACACCUGGACAAGGGUAGCGACCUCGCGGAGGCGGCGAACACGAGCGGUCUCCGGGAGUUGGCGCGUUCCCUGAAACAGCAUCUACGUGGUUUCGGUUCGCGUCUAGAGGACACGAGGGAGCGUCUGGAGGACACUUCGCGAUGUUUUCUGCUCCUGGACCGAGCCUACGAAUGGGCACUGGAGGCUACGAGGGUGGUCGGCGAUCGUCGUGCCCAGCAGUUUCUUAUGGCGAGGCCGCCGCUUCCCCAGGAACAUUUCGCCGAGAUGGUUACCCUCGCUGAAAAACUCGGCAACGAAUCACUCCUGGAGCAGUGUCGCGUAGCCAGAAACAGGUGCGCCGAAGCUCUCGAGCUGACGAGGUCUCAAUCAGCUCCCGGUAGUCCUGCCAGGAGAAGAUCCUUCGCCGCUACCGGAUCUGCCGCUUCCUGGGACGACAGCCUGACGAAACGCACUUCCUGGGACGACAGCGACAGCGCUUCCUGUUCCUGUCCCGUUGACGGCGGCGUCGGUUCGGGAUCAGGAAACGGCGGUCGUCCUGCCCUCGACAAUAUCGCCGAGCUUCGCGAAAGCGCCGAACAGCUUCUUGACUCCUCUCCACCACGUUCACCGCCCCGAUCACCGGCGCCUCGACGCCUUGCAAAACCACCCGUCAAUUCGCACCUGCACCGAGCACCCAGUAUUGCGCCUGGAAUGAAAGCUAAGAAAACAAUACUGCUCAUAAUGAGGGAGAUGAUACAGACUGAACGAGAUUACGUGAAAUCACUUGAGUACAUAAUAGAGAAUUACAUUCCGGAACUGGUGCGGGAAGACAUUCCGCAGGCUCUUCGGGGGCAGAGGAACGUUAUAUUUGGCAAUGUUGAAAAAAUAUACGAAUUUCAUAGCCAACAUUUCCUCCGGGAAUUAGAACAGUGCGAACAGUGUCCAAUGUUCGUUGGACAGUGCUUCAUAAGACACGAGAAAAAGUUUUACCUUUACGCACUUUACAACAAAAAUAAGCCCAACUCUGACUCUCUGAUGGCCGAGUAUGGGACAGCAUUUUUCAAAACAAAACAGUUGGAGCUUGGAGAUAAGAUGGAUUUGGCGAGCUACUUGCUGAAACCGGUGCAGCGGAUGGGGAAAUACGCUCUGCUUUUGCAGCAGCUCGUCAAAGCUGGCACCGAUCUCUCCGAUCAGAUAGCCAAUAAAGACGAGAAAGAAGACAAAGAGGACAAGGAAGAAGAACCGAAACCUCUCGUCGAGGGGGAAGCGGAUCUGAGAGCUGCCGAACAAAUGGUACGAUUCCAACUACGCCAUGGCAACGAUCUCCUUGCUAUGGACUCUCUGCGAGAUUGUGACGUUAACGUCAAGGAGCAGGGGAGGUUGCUAAGGCAAAACGAAUUCCUCGUUUGGCAAGGAAAGGGUAAAAAGUGCCUGAGACAAGUGUUUCUUUUCGAGGAUCUGAUACUGUUCAGCAAGGCCAGAAGAUUCCCGGAUAGAAAGAACCUUGACAUAUAUAUCUACAAAAAUAGCAUCAAAACGACUGACAUAGGAUUGACAGCUGUGAUAGCCGAUUCGCCGACUAAAUUUGAAAUCUGGUUCCGCAAGAGAAAACCCGGGGAUACCUACACCUUGCAAUGUGCUAACGAAGAUAUUAAAAAGACCUGGACUGAGGAGCUUAGCAAUCUUCUCUGGAAACAGGCGCUCCGAAACAGAGAAGUGCGCCUGGCAGAGAUGUCGAGUAUGGGCAUUGGCAACAAACCGUGUCUUGACAUCAGGCCAAGUGCCGACCAGAUCAACGAUCGUUCGAUCAGCGUUGCUCAGCUUUCCAAAAGUAUGUAUACGGUAUACACCGAUUUGUUUCUGGCGUUAUUUUUGUCUAAAAACCAACGACAACUACUAUUUUUUUACCAACGUUUGUAUAAAAAUCAUAUUGCAAGUGUAAUAUUUAUUUAUCGACAAACAGCUCCGAGGUUCAGAAACUCCAUAGCAGUCUCGGUUUCGGAGGAUUCUGGUCGCUGUAGUCGAAGGCCACACAGCGUAAUCUCUGUUAGCUCUUCAUCGAGCAGUGGCGGAAGCAGCGGACCCACAGCAACGCUGCAUUUAGGGCUGGACACAAGUCCUCGUCCGCAUCACCGAAGCACCACAUUGAACAGUCAGUGCAGCGUCGAAAGUGGCAUAAUCGCCGAUAUUUCAAUCGUAUCCGACGACGGUGGCGAGGGUACUGAAAGAAACCACUGGAAUUCCUCACUGGAAAGUCCAACGUCUCACCUACCAGCUACGUCAACUCCGCUCCAAUCGCCAACGAACGCGACUUCGGUUCCAGUAACAAUGCAGCCGUCCGUUUCUGACAGUAAUCUGACACCUUAUGACCAGGAUAUCUCAAUUAAUUUGUAAUUAUUAGGUAAUAACCUAUAGCCCAGUGACACGCGAGUUUAAAAAUGCGAUUGAAAUUAUCAUCUAUAGUUAUACAUGUGUAUGUGAAUCGAUUCACUUGUGACAAAAUGCACCACGUUUAUCAUAAUUUUUCUACGCGAUUUACACUGGUAUUAAUAUAGCUAUAUAUUCAAUUAAUACCUAUAGAAGAUCACGUUUCAUCUAUUGAUUAUUAUCGUAACGACGCAAGUAAUUGUCCUACGCUUUGAUUCUCUUGUCAUGGGAUUUAGAAAAUAUCAUGAGGGAACAAACGGCAACUGUAAGGGGUCACGCGUAAUUAAAUUACGUAAUUGGUUAACGUUUGUAUUGCAUUCUAUUGUUAUACAAAGUGAAUCGAUACUUAACUUUUCAUCAGGCAUAGAUACUUCGGUCCAAUUUGUCUACGACGUAACAUAAUGUCUUACAAUUGAGCAUCGAACUAGCUCAAACAUGUUUUUACAGACAGGAAAAAAGUAAGCUGAAUUUAGAGCUGUUGUAGUAUGAUUAAUACGAAAAAGGGUAGCUGAAAGUAAUUGUUUUAUAUCUAAUAAUAAAAUGGUCACACGUCUGACUGCAAAAAAAUAUUUUUCACGUAUAAAUGAUUUCUUUGAAUAAGACAUUGAUUGUUUUUUCACAGAUUGUUAGAGCUGAUUGAAAUGUCGAUCCUCCCGAUCGAGAUUAUAAUAUAAACGUAUUAUUCUUCGUCUGGACCAAAGAUUCAAAACCAUUUUCACAAAGUUUCUUAAUCUUCAUUGUGCAAACAAAAUAUGACAACCAAAAAAUCUUGCCUAGCUGUGUGUUUUUAAAAUUCGAACGUUAAUUACAAUGUUUUUAGUUAUCGCGACCGAAUAUCUUGGACAUAUACUACGAAAAAUUAUUAAAAAAAAUCCGUGAUUCGUUCAGGAGGAUCAACAAUACGCACACGUACAUAAACACAUUAUAUACAUACAUACAUACCACGUUGUAUUAUAUUGUAAUAUUGAAAUUUAUACUAUACAGCCAUAAUUGAUAGAAACAACCAUAGUCUAUUAUCAUUUCCAGAUUAUAUAUUAAAUAUAGAAUAUAUCAGAUUUUUCAUAAAUGAUAUGUAUGUCAGUUUAUUUGUACAACCUUUAAUUACUCUUAGUUUAAUAGUAUAUUAGCAUUAACUCUGGCCUGUACACAGAAGCCAAAUUUUUAUUUCAUAGAUUUUAUGUUUAAAAAUACUACAAAUAGAUAUACAUAGGUAUAUAUGAAUUCAAACAUAUGCACAUACACAUAUAAGUUAAAGUCUACGCGUGUGGUCGCUAGUUUUAGAGCAGCUUAGAGAAAAGUUUAAUCAAACAAAUUAUAAGCUCAUCUUAAGACAGAGGCCACAAGUCCUUGAACUAUUUGAUAAAUUAGACGCGAUUGGUUCGGACAAACAUUUGUUCAGAUUUGCCAUUCUAUAUUUUUCUUUUAUGCAAUAGAUUCCUCUUAUAUAACGUCGUUAUAAUUAAAAAUAAAUGAUUUUGUGUAUUCGGCUUUACGUUGUGUACAGAAAUUUACGGACCUAAUUAUAGUAAACAAAAUUUAUAUUUUUGUACUGUAAUACAAUUGAUAAAUAACUGAGGUGUGUUUGUCUGAACUAUGAGAGAUUGGAAUGAAAUGAAUUUGAACCUUUUAUUUGGGUCAUUCCAACAAUACAAAAUCACUGUAUCAUCGCACGUAUAAUUCAAGCAGCUAUAGCUAGCGUUCUCGUGCAGCCAUUAUUUUCCAUUUUAUUUUAGUUUAAUUUAAUGGUCUGCCAAGGUAUUGCAAUAUAUCUUAUGGAAAGUGACCGUAGUUGAAAUGCGUUUUCUUUUACGUGUCAGAUUAUUGAAAUUAUAGGAUAAUAAAUCGUAAAACUGUCAACUUAGCGCGUUGCAAUUUGCAAAAAUAACAUCAUCCCAGUCUGAUGCACCUGAAUAAUUCGAUGGUAAUGGAUCAAAUCAUGCAAAUGUUGAAUUGAGGAAAUUUUAUUUGUGUAUUAAAUUGAAAUCAAAAUUAUUUUCAAACAGAUUCGUUGAAAAUAUACGUAUUUAUACAACGGUAGUUUGAAAAUAGAAGUUGGUGCACUUGGCUGAGCACGUUCUCAUAAGUUUCAAAUAACCGAACUAGAUCAAGAAAACAAAAUAUCAUAGAAACGAUAACUAUUUUUUACCAUUUUCUUCGUACCACGUUUUAGUACUAUACAAACUUUUUCACAAGUUAUUACCGAAGUGAUAUGCCGUACAUGUCGGUAGUACCUUGUAAAGUAUUGUUGUACCAAUAGUCAUUUAACAUUGAUGUACUUUUAAGGUAUUUAUUAUUCAUAUUAUUUUUUGUUUUUAGACAGUUAGUUUUGAAUAUGUACCUACCUUGAGAUCUUAAUCUUAUCUUACAAUUAAUCAAUUGUAUAUAUAUAUAUAUAUAUAUAUACAUAUAUAUAUAAAAAAAAUAUUAUAUAUAAACACAUGAUUAUCUCAGUAUUGUACUGUGUCUAACACCGAUGUAUUUUAUUACUUGAUUAAAUAUAUUAUAUUGGGUGCCUUUUGUAG